AUGGACGGGAGCACGGCCUCGGUUUCCACUUCGACUUCUCCGUUCGCCUGCAAAGUUUGCAAUCACAAAGCGCACGGAAAUCACUUUGGAGUCAUCAGUUGCCGCGCGUGUGCCGCAUUUUUCAGGUAUCAAACUACUUUUGUUGAAAAUUGCAUCAUAGAAUUGAAUCGCAUAAAGCGAACCUCAUAGUUGCUCACGAAAACAAAAGGGUGCUGCCAAAGUAUGAUAACAAGUUCAAAUGAGUAUAAGUUUCUGAAAAAUGUUCGGAUCAUGAUGCAAUUUCGACAUCCUCGUAUAAUAAACAUUUUGGUUAACAAUGACGUUGGGAUAGUAAACACAGAUCCCCUCAAAAACUGUCGCGUUUUCAGAAGAACCGCCGGCUCAAAAUGGAGCAAACUACCGUGUCGUGGAGGAUCUUGUGACAGAGAGACGUGAGUGAAACAAGAAUUGCUGUAAAUUUUCAAAAACUUUCAGAUUUUUCUGCAAACCAUGCCGGCUGCAACGUUGUCGAGAUAUGGGAAUGGACACUACAAGUGAGUCAGCCGACGCUUUUUUUUCCAGUAGAUUUUGAAAAAUUCUAGAAUUCCAAUACAACCGCGACGGAAUUCUGGUGUCGGGCCAAUUCCGACUGCCGCAAAGCUUGGAAAACUACGUGGGCCGCCCGGAAUUUCUUCUCUUCUGCGGCUCCGAAUCGCCCGACUCGAAAGUGCGGGUGGACGUGAGACAUCUGCUGGAAGAAGCGACUCGGAUUCUGAAUUCUGGAGCACACUCACCUCUCAACACCGAAAAUCCGAACCAGCUGCGAAAAUUGAACAACGGAUUCAAUUUCAUCAAACUCGAUAUGGAAAACAUUCAAGCGGUCGGGUAUGCGGGGCGAGAAGAAGUGUUUGCAAUGUGGGAAUAUUACUUCAUCACGGUCACCAAGUGGCUGAUGUACUUUGAUGAGUUUCAGAAGUUGAACAGACACUUGCAGGUGGGUUUUAAAGGUUUCAAAAAAAAUUACCCUCAAAGUUUUGCAGAUGACACUUCUCCAGUCGAUCUGGCAUGUUUGGAGCAAGCUGCACAAGCAUGUCAGCACCGCAAUGUUUCGAAAAGUGAAUAAAAGGGCGAAGAAAUCUGAAGUUAUCAUCAAAAAUAUGUAUAUGGAUAUGGAGAAGACGAAAAUGGACUUGAGGUGGAUGAGUGAUUAUCCAUCGGAACAGGUUCACAAGUAAGUUAUCGUAAACACUGCACUAGAAGAGUUCAUUGAACACUAUGUACAUAUCUCAGCUGCCCCUCAGGCAAAUCGUUUCUAAUCUAACUAGCUAAUUCUCGUUUCUAACCGGACCUAGUUAGAUUGCUACAGAUUUCUGAAUCUAGCUAGCUGAUUUUGCAAUCUAAACAUAAUCUAGCUAGGUUUGCCCGAAAUUUUAAUCGAAUUAGAUAAAUUUUGAAUCUAAUAUCAGUGUUUUUGCAAUCUAAUUAGCUUCGCCAAUCUAAUUAGAAAAUUUAUCAGUCCAGUUAGAAGAAUUUGCAAUCUAAUCGCAGUAAAUUAGCAAUCUAAUUAGGUCCGGUUAGAAACGCGAAUUAGCUAGCUAGAUUACAAACGAUUUACCUGAGCCCUAGAGAUAUCAAAAGUUGUCAACUGAUAAAAUCUUCAAAAUGUCCUCCUGAACAAAUUAUCAGUUGACUACUUUUUGAUAUCUCUAAUGGCAGCUGAGAUAUGAAUGUUAGAACAAAGAUGCAAAACAAGUUUGUUAAGAUUCAUGGCGGCUCAGAACUGCAGCGAGUUUGACACAACCGAACAUAUACUGGCGAUCGACCCAACUGACACUGAGCUGACCUACAUGUUCGCCCAACUAUGCUUCGAAUAUGCGGGCAAACGAUAUCAGGGAGACAUUAUGAAAGUGACGGAUCAAUUUCAAAAGAUACUCGCCAAUGAUUUACACGAUUAUUAUGUAAAUGAACUGAACAGGCCCCGAUACUUCUACCGACUCGCGAAACUUAUGCAAGUGAACAAUGCGAUACAGGUGAGGCAAUCUUAAAGACCUCUUCAUUUUCAAUUAUGCAUUUGCAGAGAAUGAUCUGGGAAUCUCGUCCGAAACAAGAACUCGGUCGCGUGUUCAACGUCAUCAAGUUGGAAUUCUCGCAUCCGGAAAUGUUCAAAGACUCCGGAUUCCUCUAA